AUGAGCCGGCACUCUUACACCCGACGUCCGAUCUUCGCCUGGGGUCUUAAUCCGGUCAGAAUAUGGGGGUUCCCGCGGUCAACACUACACCAGACUCGUGGCGUCGAAGAAUCUUUAGCACCCGAAGUUGAAAUGAAAUCUUUAAUGUCGCGGUUCACAAUGGACUGCAUAGGCGGUUGUGUGUUCGGAGUAGACAUUAAUGCGAUGCAGGAACCCAAGGAUAACAUCUUCACAACUAUGGGAUGCCUUUUCUUGGAGACCACCACCUCCCGAGGUAUAAAAAACGUUGUCAAAGCUAUCUGGCCGGAAAUAUUCUAUGGACUAGGUUUCAAAGUAUUUCCAACGGAUAUACAUAAGUUUUUCAGUAAACUUCUAGUAAGAAUUUUCGAAGCACGGGACUACAAGCCUUCCGAACGUACCGAUUUCGUCGACCUGUUGUUAAAUUUGAAGAAGAACAGACAUAUCGUCGGCGACCGCUUGCAAAAGAUUAAAACAGGAGACGAAGGAGCAGACAGUAAAUUAGAACUAGAAGUGAAUGAUGAUCUGUUAGUUGCACAAUGCGUUUCAUUCUUUAUCGCUGGUUUUGAAACUUCAUCCAAUUCUUUAACCUUUACUUUGUACGAGCUGGCAAAGAAUCCAGAUGUUCAGAAAAGAGCGCAGAAAGAAGUAGACGAAUAUAUUAAGAAGCACAACAAUAAACUAGAUUAUGAUUGCGUGAAGGAACUCCCGUUUGUGGAGGCGUGUAUAGAUGAAGCGCUACGUUUGUAUCCUCUUUUUGGGGUAAUAUCAAGACAAACGGAACGAUACACAUUCCCGACCGGCCUGACUCUCGACAAAGGAGAUCGCGUUCAUAUUCCUGUGUAUCAUCUGCAUCACGACCCGGAAUACUUUCCGGAGCCCGAGCUCUUCAAACCAGAGAGGUUCUAUGGGGAAGAGAAGAAGAAUAUCAGGCCCUUUACGUAUUUGCCAUUUGGAGCUGGACCUCGGGUUUGUAUUGGCGAGAGAUUUGCGAAGAUGCAGAUGUUGGCCGGCCUGGUGCCCAUACUGAAGAGGUACACGGUGCGUCUGGCCGAGGGAAUGCCGGAGACGAUCAACUUCGAACCGAAAGCAAUUGCCUCGCAGCCCAACAUAGGAGUACGACUGAAUCUCUUGCCUAGAAACAAUUAAU